UGCCUAGCUAUGUUGUGGAGUCAGAAUAUAUAUACUACUGGACUUGCUACCUGGGCCUCACUCGGGAAGUCGCAGGCCACUUAGCGAAAACCUAGGUAUCAGAUAGUAUCUAGAAGUAUCCAGUGGUCCGAGGCUAAGGCUUCUGAUGCAUAUGGUGAUGCAGACAGCACCAACAUGGAUUCUUAACUAAACUGCAUACCUAUACUCUGAUUGCAUCCAAAGUUGCUCAGCCCAUCUCUUACUGCUUCCGUACUUCGAAAGUAGGUAAAUUCUAGACCACCACCCUCUGCUUUGAAGUAUCAUCAUGGCGACGCCUACAGAGGACCAAGACCCAUGGUAUCUUAGAUCUAGCGUCCCCGUACUGUUCCCGAUGCACGACGGCCUCGACCUCUCUCUUCCGCAGACUGCGUUUGAUGUUCUUGUUCGGGAUAUCAUUCGCUCGAGGGAGACUACCAAUGAAGAGAGCGCCAAAGAGUCUCAGGGCCCAGAUGGUGACGAGAGCGACAGUAUCACACUUGUCAGCACUCCCACCACGACACAGGAAAUUCGUGGCCCCCUGGAGCAGAUCGAUUUAUCUACCACCCUUCAGGCUCAGACCCCAGAACCAGACGAGGCCCAACAGAACAAUCCUUAUGAUAGUGCCCAUCCUUUUAUCCAAGGUCUGUUAUUACACGACUGCCCUGUGUCCGUGUUCGAGGAAGACCUGGAGAACAGGAUGCUCACGGAAAACGGCGAUAUCGCCUACCGCUCUACUACAUCGCCGCUCGUCGACUUAUUCGCCGAGCUCGAAGAUGUUGUGUCUGGCCCGCGGCUUCUCGAGCUCCUCAACGUCGCCUGGAAGCAAGACUCACUCGCUACACUUAAGAUUGUUUUCAACGCCCGCUCCAUCCACCUGGGCAAAGCUUCCCGUCUCACCUUCUAUCGCUGUGCUGGCUGGCUCGCCCAGUACCACCCUCUCACGCUGGUUGCAAACCUUCGCUGGCUAAGUCGUCCUGUUAUCCAGAAGAAAGUUGAGAAGAAAGAGGAGGGGAAUCAAGAAGAGGAGGACAAAGAUAUGGUCAUAGUUGACAAUAGUCUCGAGAAGGAUGCCGAAGAUAUGACUCGAUUUGAUGUCAAACACGGUGUCUCUCAUGGCUACUGGAAAGAUCUCCUCAACAUACUCAUUCUCAGUGUCGAGGGUAGUCUUAACGUUCUUGCUCAGCCAAGAGAUAUUCUAAAUGUUGAGCAGCCACCAAAAUCAAAUGUCUCGGUGAAUAAGGAAGAGGCCAAGACUCGUCGUCACGAGACGCGGAACCAGCGACAUAAAAAUGCCGUCGAAAAGUUUCACUCUGACCCAGUGUACCGCGGACUAUAUCUGUCCGUCGCUCGUCUAUUCGCUGAGCAGCUCAAGAUAGACCUGGCCCUGCUGAAAGGUGAGGAUCAUAAGGCGAGGAAGGAUAUCUCAUUAUGUGCCAAAUGGGCCCCUUCUCACGACCGGUUCCACGACAAGCAUACCUUUAUCGUUUCCAGUAUAGCGGAGAUGUUGCACCCCCCUGCAGAGUUUGGCUUGACUCACCAAUCCACUGACCGAGAGCUUUAUCUCCGCCACGCUCGAGAGGAGUACCGUAAAGACGUCUCGGCAUUGCGCUCUCACCUCGACAUUGUAGAGCGCAAUCUUUCUGCCAAAACGUACGACAAGAUCAAGUACGAGCGCGUACCAUCAAUAGCCAUGAACAACUACUCCGACAUAUUCGCCGAGCGUGACAGCGAGCGCUUCGCGAAGUACUUGGACGAUGUGGUGGAGGGUAAGGCGCACAUUAGCGGCGCGACUCUGUUGCCCUCUACCUUGAUCAAACAAGUGCGGGAUAACGAAUGGAGCUGGAACACAAUGAAAGCCAGAGUUACCGAUUUGCAGUGGAAGACGCUCGUCCAGCGCAUCAAGGACUCGGGUACUCUGGAGUCCAGCAUCGCCGUCUGCGAUGCCUCCCUUUCCAUGGAAUAUCCUGUGUUUCCCGACGGUACUCGUCCUAUGGACAGUGCUAUUGGGCUAUCACUUCUUGUGGCCGAGGUCACAGCUCCCCCCUUUGGCGGCCACUUUAUCACAUUUUCCGAAACACCGCAGGUACAAAGCAUAGACCCUUACAGCUGUCUUCCAAUCUCUUAUACUGCCAAUGGCGGUCCGUAAUAGGCUCUCUCAAGACGAAAUGGUCAAACGCGUAUUCGUGUUCUCGGAUAUGCAAUUCAACUCGGCCGAGUCCGGUGCAACUCCCGGUGACUCCUUCAGCUCUUCGUAUGAGCGUAUCAAAGCAAGUUUUGCAGCUGCCGGCUACGAGAUGCCUGAGCUCAUUUUCUGGAACCUCGCUGGUGGACGUGCUGGCUACGGCGAAGCUACCAAUGGCGACCCCAUAGCACCUAAACCUGUCACGUCUGAAAAAGAGGGCACGACCGUGGUCAGUGGCUACUCGCAGGGUAUGCUCAAGGUUUUCCUCGACAAUGGAUCCUUUGAUGACCCGGAACUAGAGUCUGAGGAGAGAGAAAUCGAGACGACGGAAGAAGGCGAUCUAACCGUUGUGAACCAAGAACUAGCGAAGAAGCGGAAGAUAGAUCCUAUGAGUACAGUCAAGAAGGCCAUCGGUCAUAAGAGCUAUGACCCCCUCGCCGUCGUGGACUGAGAGGAACUGGGACGCUGAGUUUGACAAUAACCGUACCCAACAAAAGGAAAAGCGGGUCGCCCUUAAUCAGGUGCGGACAUUGGGCAGCAUUCUUUGAGCGUUUAAUAC